UUAGCGCGAGGAGGCGUGGUCACACGGAGGCUGUUGAGGACUAACUAGAGCUAUCAUUGGACUUGAGGCGGGAUCAGCGGGGAAUAGAAACCCUCGGAAGGUUCUGGAGCACCAGAAGCGAUCCAGGUGCAGAAACCAGCGAGUCCUCCCGUAAGGAGGAAGCUUCCGGACGCUUCGGGACCUUGAGAAUCUGACGCGGCCCGGGCUUCGUGACGCACUCGGCGUCAGGGCGGGGCCGGCGCUAGCCAAGAUGGAGGCCAACGUGUUCCGGUUCCGAGAUGCCCGCUCUGCUCCGGAUCCGGUGCUGGAAGCCGGGCCGGUGUCCUUCGGUUCGCAGCCGGUACCUCUGGUGCUGGACAACGGGUCGUUCCAGGCUCGGGCCGGGUGGGCGUGCCCCGGGCCGGACCCCGGGCCAGAGCCGCGCCUGCAGUUCCGCGCCGUGUGCGCGCGCGGCCGUGGCGGGGCGCGCGGCGGGCCGGGGCCGCAGGUGGGCAACGCGCUGGGAAGCCUGGAGCCGCUGCGCUGGAUGCUGCGCUCGCCCUUCGACCGCAACGUGCCGGUCAACCUGGAACUGCAGGAGCUGCUGCUGGACUACAGCUUCCAGCACCUUGGCGUCUCCUCGCAGGGCUGCGUGGAUCAUCCCAUAGUUCUGACAGAGGCCGUGUGUAACCCGCUCUACUCCCGCCAAAUGAUGUCGGAGCUCCUUUUCGAAUGCUACAGGAUCCCAAAGGUUGCCUAUGGGAUAGACAGCCUCUUCAGUCUCUACCACAACACGCCCAAGCACGCCCUUUCCAGUGGCCUCGUCAUCUCCUCUGGCUACCAGUGCACACACAUCCUACCCGUCUUGGAAGGGAGACUGGACGCCAAAAAUUGCAAACGCAUCAAUCUCGGAGGAAGUCAGGCGGCAGGCUACCUGCAGCGGCUUCUCCAGCUGAAGUAUCCGGGGCACCUAACAGCCAUCACGCUCAGUCGCAUGGAGGAGAUUCUGCAGGAGCAUAGCUACAUUGCUGAGGACUACGGGGCAGAAUUGCAGAAGUGGCAGUGCCCUGAUUACUAUGAGAACAACGUCCACAAGAUGCAACUCCCGUUCUCCAGCAAGCUCCUGGGCAGCACGCUGACGGCUGAGGAGAAGCAGGAGCGGCGGCAGCAGCAGCUGCGCCGGCUGCAAGAGCUCAACGCCCGGCGGCGGGAGGAGAAGCUGCAGCUGGACCAGGAGCGCCUGGAGCGGCUGUUGUAUGUGCAGGAGCUCCUAGAGGAUGGACAGAUGGACCAGUUUCACAAAGCUCUGAUGGAGCUGAACAUGGACUCCCCAGAAGAACUGCAGUCCUACAUACAGAAGCUCACCAUGGCUGUGGAGCAGGCCAAACAGAAAAUCCUGCAGGCCGAAGCCAACCUGGAGGUGGAUGUGGUGGACAGCAAGCCGGAGACCCCUGACCUGGAGCCGCUGGAGCCUACCCUGGAGGACGUGGAGAACAUCAACGAUUUCGAGCCCUUGUUCUCAGAGGAAACGCCCGAAGUGGAGAAGCCGCAGGUCACCACAGUCCAGCCCGCAUUUAACUUGGCAGCGUACCAUCAGCUGUUUGUUGGGACGGAGAGGAUCCGUGCACCAGAGAUUAUUUUCCAGCCAUCUCUCAUAGGAGAAGAGCAGGCGGGCAUCGCCGAGACCAUCCGUUAUGUCCUGGAUAGGUACCCAAAGGCCGUUCAGGAUCUCCUGGUCCAGAACGUCUUCCUCACUGGUGGGAACGUGAUGUACCCCGGCAUGAAGGCCCGGGUGGAGAAGGAGCUGCUGGAGAUGAGGCCCUUCCAGUCUUCCUUCCAGGUCCAGCUUGCCUCGAACCCUGUGCUGGACGCAUGGUACGGAGCCCGUGACUGGGCCCUGGAUCACCUAGAGGACAGUGGAGCCUGGGUCACCAGAAAGGACUAUGAAGAGAAGGGGGGCGAGUACCUCAAGGAGCACUGUGCCUCCAACACGUAUGUCCCCAUCCGGCUGCCUAAGCAGGCCUCGCGCGCCUCAGAGACCCAGACUUCCGGGAGAGGCUCCGGGGCCAGUGGAGCUGGUGAUCAGGCGUAGCAGAGGACUCCAAGAUGUCCUUGUGCCUCACCCUGCCUCACCCAGAGGCAGAAUUUGGGACAAGGACAGUGGGCUGACCAGCCUUGUUUGGCUACUGACUGGAUUUCUCCUGGGAGCCCAGCAGAGGACAGCGGGUGAUCUACCUCAGUGAAGGACACAGUGGCCUCUGGCCCGAGAACUGCGCACAGGCUGGCUCUGCUCUCCUCAGCAGUGAGGGAAACAGGUGGAGGCGGAGUGGGCAGCGCUUCUCUUUGCACCGGAAAGCCUUUGUUCCUGGUUGGUGUUUGGUUUUUGGUUGUUUUGUGGCUUUGUUUUUAAAGCUCUAAAAUUAUC